AUGCUCUUCUCUAAUCUCAUCUUCCUUGUUGGUACCUCUCUCGCUGCUGUAUCUGUUACAGAUCCAUCAGACAUCAUCUCUCCAUCUUUGUGGGCUGCCGAUAAUGCUAUAAUCCCAGAUUAUAAUGUCUCCUUUAUCAGUGUACAACCAAAUCCAAUCGUUGCAGCAUACACGGUCACCAAUUCAGCUUCUAUCAGUUAUGAGACUCUCUCGACCGCCCUCAAUCAAACGAGUGUACUUCUCGUCACUGGAGAGUUGAAUCUUACGUACUCCACUGUUAUCAAAUCGGGGUACGCUUCAAAUCUUCUGGAGUCGAGCUUCUACGGAUUCAAUGCAGCAAUCAAUGUGGUAUGUUUUCCCUCUCGGUUCAACGGCGAAGCUAAUGAUCAGGCCAAUGGAUCAACAGGGAAUUUCGACAACGUGAAUGUGACUGUUCAUAACGGUGCAGCAAAUAUCUACGUCUAUGGCACUGGAAGCGUGGUACAUGUCGACAACGCCUGGCUCUACAGUUCUGGACCGGUUUCACAUGGCGUAUAUGCAUCUGGAAAUGGGACCGCAUACGUUUCGAAUGUUCAACACUUCUCUGGAGGGAAGAGAUCUUCAUCAUUUUCAGGAGAUAGUCCGGCAGGAUACUUGCACAUUUCGGACUCCGUGGCUCAUGCUGCUGGUAUUGGGAGUGCAACGUUCUAUGCUCUGGGCGAGAUCUAUGCUACGAAUGUGGUUGCGCUGUCGGAGAAUGGGCCUACCGUGUUCAUGGACGGAGCCCAGAAAGCAUACCUUACGAAUUGCGAAACGACUGCUGGACUUUUGGGUGGUGUCGCAAUCUUUUCAUCUUCGACAAGGGAAUCUGGAGCAAUAUUAUCGCUGGACAAUUCCAAGAUUACAACAUUGGGGCCCAUUCCUGGAUUGUGGUUCGGGAAUGUGAUCAUCGACGUUUCUCUCCACGCUAGUGAACUUGUCACAAGUGGAGUGCUCGUUGUCGCAAAUUAUUCCCAGAUCACUCAGGAUUUCGAUUAUUAUGCAGAUUACUCCCAACAGCCAAAUCUUCAACCUGCCGAGGUGUACGUCAAUGUCACCGAGUCGACUUUGGUUGGAGAUCUGGUCGCAUACAAUUCAAGCUUGAUUAGUUGGUCUUUGUCGAAGAGUUCAUGGAUGGGAACGGCGUACUCUGGAUUUGGGGAGGCGUACUUUGAUGUUCAUUUGGAUAAUUCGACCUGGACUUUGACAAAUUCGACGAUGGUUCAGAAUUUGACGGACACGGAUGGAAGCUUGAGUGGGAUUGAGAGUCAGGGUUUUGAUGUUUACUACAACGCUUCUGCUUUGUUGAAUGAGUAUUUGGGAGGGAAGACGAUUGCAUUAAGCGGUGGUGGGAAUGCAAUUCCGAUUUGAUUAGUUAAGAAGUUGUAACGGUCUGCUGACUAUCGGGUUGGUUAGGGUGACAGAGGACUAAAGAAGCAUGAAUCGAAGAGCAAUGCAACAAAUAUUACUAAUAACUACGGGCGGAAGUUACG